AUGAGACUGGGGACGAAAGUUGAUGGUGUGCGAGUUCUGGUCCUGGGUGAAGCUGGUGUAGGCAAGACAUGCUUCGCCGACAUGUUCCUCAAGGGCGAGAACUUCAUCUACCACGAUCCUUUUGAUGAGAUUCGGCGCGUUCUUGUGGUCAAUCACAAAGAAUGGCCACUUCAGCCCGUGGACAUAAGCUCGACCAUGUUGCGAGAGUCAGGCCCAACCCUCGACAAGGCCGUCUUCGACAGCUCCAUCGCCAGUUGCCAAGGCAUUGUUUUGAUUUACGAUGUAACUAGCCAUGAAUCGUUUGAUCUUGUGACCCAGGACGCCUACAUGCAUGUGCUCAGGUUGCGCCAAGCCAUGAGUGGAGAAGGAAAUGGCGGAGGAAUGGGCACAGAGUCAGGGCUUCAGGCACAUUGA